CCUCGGACACCCUGCGCUGGCUGGCUCUGCUGCUUGCUUAGGUGCUUAGCAGCUUAGGUCCUAGGUUCUUCCUCCACGGCGGGCCUGUACCGGGCGGUGUCUUGCUUGUGUUCCGCCACAAACCUCCCCUCCUCCUUCCAAUCCCUUGGGGAGCCACUUCUCGCCCGCGUUCGCCUUUCAGACGCCUCGCCUUAACAUCACACACAGACUUCCAUUCUAAGCGGCCCUGUUCCUGUAUCUUACCUCGCUUUCUAUACGCUAUUCGCUUAGAACAAAACUAAAGUAAACAUCCGCUUACAUCGGAGGGAUGAACCGCAGCAUCUGAUCUGACUACAUACAUCUCUCAUUGUCCGUCCAUCCGUCCAUCCAUCCAUCCAUCUCACACCAACACAGAAUCUGCUGGUCUCAUCCAAAUCCACACCACCUCAUUCUUUGCCCGUUAUUGCAGAACAUCACACACACACACUCACACACGCAUACAUCCACACACAUCCCUUUGACACUAGCGUCCGAGCCCAAGCUCGGCCCCGUACAUACGAAUACUGGCACCGCAUCAUACUGCCAUACCUCAGCAUUCAUCCGACUCUAUCUCCGCUUUGUCCUACUUUCACCCUAGCCCAGACCGCCGUCGAGUCUAGGGCAUCCACUCUCCAGUCCGCCUCCCGUCCCUCAUAUCAACCACGGACGUCCCCUCCUUUCAUCAUGGGCACCAUUUGGAGAACAGAGCCUUUACCACCUCACCUGUUUGACGAUAUGGCGUCGAGUUCAAGCCGGAAGCCCCAGAUCUUUGUCCACUUCGAAUUUGGGGUCUCAUUCUCACCGAGACAUGCACCCAACCAACACUCCGUCACAUACGCCACUCGUGGUUUCCGUGAUCGCGCUCAGUUUCCCAGACAAGUUCCACCAACAAAUACAAAUUAUCUAGCAGAGCCCUCACACUCAGCCCAUCAACAACAACAACUUCAACCCACACGAUCUUCACCACCCAUCCAAGAAUACUACGCACCCCAAGCGCAACCACCAAUGCCGCCACACUACGAAGUUAGCAGACAAUCUCGACAAGAGAGUCGAUCGAGCUCCUCACACGAACGAGGUAGCUCGGCCCCGCCGCCAUGGAACGACAGCCCCUGGGAUGCCGAACCAGAUGCUCUAGGAAGCUCAGCGCUCCCACGCCAACGACCACGGCCCCAGAACGCCCCCGACUACUGGAAAGCGUUGCCCGAAGUCCCGUCACGUUUCCGACUGGGCGAGGACGAGAUGCCGUGGUCAACCUCAUCGUGGCCAGGCGAGUUCGGCAUGCCCGACGAGUCCGAGGUCAACGACUACUCUUCCGAGUUGUCCAUGAAGUUCCGCGACGUCUCCCUCACCAACGCCACCCCGGUGGCUCACGAGAGAGGGGACGAUGGGCGGAGACAUGACCUGGAGGCGCUCUCUGCGGCAAUGGUCACCGUCGACAACGGCUUCGAGAACCAGUGGUGGUACCAGGGCGAGCGACAGCAGAUCAACGCACCGGGGGUGGUGGCUGGCGACUUGCACACCACGACGACGACAAACGCGGCGGCGCUGGCGAGCACGACGACGACUGCCGAGGCGGUGGUGCCUCUUCCUCAGACCCCUGUGUACCACCAGCAGCAGCUCGGGAGCUAUGACACGAGGGAGUCGAUGGGGUGGGUAACUGCCCAGGGCGGGGAUUCCCACGCGAGCAUGAUGAGUGCUACAAUUUACAACCCGAGUGUCUUGGUAUCACCCAUGUCGGAGUACGCGAGCCCCCGCCUUCACCGGUCGAUGACUACGAGGUCUGAGGAGCUCUUCUUUUACAGCUAAAAAGGAUGAUUCAUUCGAGCAUGAAAUGUUUCAAAGCAUGGCGUACAGGUUUUAUCAUAUUAAUGGUGGUGUUUUUUGGGAUCGCCGGAGAUCUAGGGGUACAAUUGGGAUUCACCGUGGUUUAGUCUGGAGAGACUAGAUUAUCCUGGUUGAAUAUGGAGUUCUCUUUUUUAGUUGGAGCUUUCUUAUGGAGGAUAUAUCCAAUAUGUGCCCGAUUUCUUGGACAAGAAAGGGCCCUUGAUCUGAAGGAGAGAAGAAGUCUGGG